GUUGUUUCGUGAAUGGAAGUGUCAACAGCGGGGAGUGGGGACACAAGCCUCUCAAAUAUCGAUUUCCAGGUCAGAGGAGCUGUUGAGGCCCAGGAUUUCGCUCGGAGAUGGGGGACGACCGACCUUUUGUCUGCACUGCCCCUGGAUGUGGACAGCGAUUCACAAACGAGGACCACCUCUCGGUUCACAAACACAAACAUGAAAUGACUUUAAAAUUUGGCCCAGCCCGAACAGACUCCGUCAUCAUUGCAGACCAAACACCAACUCCCACACGUUUCCUGAAAAACUGUGAAGAGGUCGGAUUAUUCAACGAGCUGGCCACUUCAUUUGAGCAAGAAUUCACCAAAACACAAGACGACGAGCACAGGACUAAAGCUAUGCCCGCUCCUUUACAAACUCCGUCAGACGUUAAAGAUGAAGAUGACAGCCCUUUACAGGUCGAUUCCUCUGCUCCAGGAAGUCCAGACUCCUCCUCCAGCAUGUCGGACAGCUCCAGAGGCACUAAGGAGAUAAUCCAGAAGCCCGUGGUAUCCUCCGCUCCCACACCGACCAUCGUGCGUCCUGGGUCUCUGCCUCUUCAUCUGAGCAGUGAACACUUCCAGCCCACCCUCCCCUCUCCAACCUCCGUCAUCACACAAGCACCGCCCUCCAACCGGCAACUAGGGUCACCAACCAGCGCUUACCCCCUCAUGAGGCACCUCCCCAACGGACAGACUGUUCCUCUCCUGCCCAGCCCUCAGAUGACCUCAGUUAUAUCUUUGGCUCGACCUGUGACCUCGGUGCCUAAUGUCCCCGGGAUUCCUGGGCCUCCGGUCGGUGGAGGAAGCAGCGGCUCGUCCUCUCCGUCUGGAUACAGUCUGCACUCAGAGACCAAGAUGAGGUUAAAGGCCGCUCUGAGUCACCAGAGCUCUAGCUCAGACGGAGGAUCGAUCCCAGCUGUGCCCCAAAGACAGGAACAAAGCCAACAGCCCAACCAGAACUCAGACGCCCCCUCACCCGCACAGCCACAGGUGUCGCCCGCUCAGCCCACCGGGGGGCGCCGGCGCCGUGCCUCAGAGAUGGACCCGGACGAGAGGAGGCAGCGUUUCCUGGAGAGAAACAGAGCGGCGGCUUCACGGUGUCGACAGAAACGGAAACUGUGGGUGAAUUCUUUGGAGAAGAAGGCUGAAGAUCUGGCCUCCAUGAAUGUGUCGCUAACGAAUGAGGUGACUCUCCUGAGGAAUGAGGUGGCUCAGCUCAAACAGCUGCUGUUGGCUCAUAAAGACUGUCCAGUGACGCUAAUGCAGAAGAAAGCUGCUCUGUUAGGGUGAUGUGUGUGUGUAUGUACCUAGCUGCAGGCGGAGCAGAGGACCCAGAGCCAGUCGGAUCUCCAGCCGCUGUGAUCCAACACGGCCCCUCGCCCCCUGUCCCUGCCCCCUCACCCCCUAUCUCUGCCCCCUCCAUCAACGGCAUGAGCGUGCGGGCUGCCGAGGCUGUUGCUAUUCUGGCUGGGAUGGGCUCCGGACAACCAGCGGGCGUUCUAAUGUCGACGCUCUCCCCCUCCUCUGCCCCGAGAUGAUUGGUCCAUGCCGGUAGUGGAACUGAAACUCAAGGAGGGCAAGAAGGGCAAAAAUGUGUUCAGUAAAUAACAUAAGGGACCUUUAAUUUAAGACACAAAAACACAGUGCCUCCUCCGCCUCCUCCUCGCCCGGAAAACUCCAUAAAUCUGCAUUUGUAAAUACAUUUGCGCUUCUGAGUUCGGGCCCUCGUCUUAUUGGCUCGAUUAUGAAAUGGAAUAGUGUAAAAUGGAUUUAAGUUCAUAAUAUGUUCUCAUUUCUCUUUAAAAAUACAGCUUUAUUUGUCUGUUGACGCAAAGCCUGAUCAGCCAUUCACAUUUACUUUAAGUUUAUAUUACUGACAUGGUGGUGUAGCGGUUAGUACUUCUGCCCCACAGCAAGAAGUUCCCAGGUUCCAUUCCAGUCUUCUGUUUUUGUCUGAUUUUUACUUAAACAUGUACAAUAAGGUUCUACGUUUUUGGCAAGGAGAAUUAAAGGGAUUCUUGAAUAUCAGUUGGACCAGGCCCAUUGACAGACAUUUGGGGGCCCAGGGCAAGAAGUCACACAUGGGCCCCCUUCUAAUAUAAAUUAAUAGGAGGAGGGUCCAGUUCUGGGACAACAGACCCCCGUCGACUCCCCUGGGUUGGACUGUUUAAUUUAAAUAAUGGUUAAAUUUAAUUAUUUUUCUUAUUUUGGUGUAUUUUAUCUCAAAAAAGUUUGUGCUCUACCAAUUAUUUUUGCCAUUGUUCAAAGUAAUUCCCCAAAAAGCUUUGCAGAACAAAAACAGUUUGAAAUGUACUUAAAAAUUACAAUUCAGUGUUUUAAAACAAUAUCAUGAUCAUUAAAUGAAAAAAACAAACAAACGAAGUUUUCAUAUGCACAGCUCAACAGAACCAUUUUGUACCUAGAUUUGAACAUUGUUAGAAUAAGGUUGACAACUAACCUGUGGGGUUGUCAAAAGUGUCAAAAAUCAGAUACUAAUCAAUACUAAAACUAGUAUCGAAACUACUUAUGUUUUGCAUUUUUUGCAUACUAAAAGGUCAACUGACAGUAAUGAACUUUUCCUUAAUAUCUUUAGAAUGAUCUUGAGCUGUAUCCGAAUAAGUUUAAGACACAUAGACUAGUAUACACCACAGACUAUAUAUAAAUGGACAUAGCUAACACACUAGCUGCCACGUUCCAAAUAGGAAGUGAUCAUGGACACGCUUCCGGCUCCAUCGACUCUGGCUCCAAUUCACUUUACAUUGAAAAACUGUGUCCUCUCUCUCUGUAACUGCUGCUGUCAGACUUGUCAUUUUGGUCUUAAAUGUUCAUAUUAAUCCGCUCUACGUGAUCCUGGGGUUUUUAUUUUACUAUUGUGUCUGUAAAUCAAGAUAUGAACAUUAAUAACAGACAAAUCAGACGCCUUCUUUCCCCAAGGUCGCUCCUGCUAGCGUUAGCAAUAGGUUUGAUUGACAGUGUUGCUAAGCGCCCGCUCCCUGCUAAACCAGCGUUACGGGCGAGAAGGGGCGUUAUUUUCAGAAGCGUCACUCUGGAUUGGCUCUUUGGUUGCUAUGAUACUCCCAGUCGGAAUUCAGGUCCAUGUUCGCCGCUGUACCUGCUAGCCUCGAUGAGCUUCAUUUGGAGCCGAACGCUGUGGGAGACGUCACACUCACUUAGUCCACUUCUUUAUACAGUCCAUGAGCCCUAGUACAUCAUAAAAAACAUGUUAAUAACCCCUCACAUGUUUCUAUAGUGAAUCUGAAUGGCUGGUCAGGUUUGGUUCACGGUUCAGUACUUCCCAGUGUCUUCUCUAUACUGUGUAAUAUACUCUGUAAAUAUUAUGUAAGAAAAGAUUUUAAAUACAUUGAUUGUCCAUAUUUGCAGUAAAGAUCGCACUGGGGGGUAUGUCGAAUACUCUGUUUACUUUUUGUUGUCGUUUUUAAAGGUGCACUAUGUAACUUUUCUGAGAUGGGGUCUGCCGCCUGCUCGUCUCCGUGGAGAUGUUACGAACAGGUCACAGUGUGGCAUUAAAGGUCCAUGUACUACAGGUAUAACACCCUCGAGAGCUGCUUAUACAAAAUAAGUUGGCUCACUGUCUGCGUAAAGCAUUUUAUUGUCCAAGAAUGAGGAAGUGCACAGUUACCAUGCUAGUUGUCAUUAGCAUUACAGUAAUGGCAAAAAAACCUCAAAAUCAUUGCAGAUCAAUAUUUAUCAUGGGUACAUUUUCUUCGGACUCUUUGUAGAUUUUUGGUUAUUUUUUAGCUACAUGAUCAGAUUUGAGCCAUAGAACGUUGAAUUAGUAACAUCUGUGACUUAAGAAUAGUUUUUGUGGUUUAAAUCUCUUGGGUUUUUCUGUCAGUGGCAUAAAUCGCUCUCAGUAUUAUCAUUUAUCGUCUGUAAUUACCACAGCAAACUGUUUGAAAUGAACUAGUUCUGUUUUUAUUGGAGUAAAUGCAAGAUAGAAGUAAGAUUAGAGCAAUACUGUGUAACUUUACGUUUUUUGCCUCGAUUUGAACAUUGUCAGAAUAAAGUUGAGCUGUAGGGCUGUCAAAAGUAUCGAAAAUCAGAUGCUAAUUGAUGCUAAAACUAGUAUCAAAACUAGAUACUCAUUUGAGCCAGUAUCAAUGCUAAAAAUGUCCAAUUGACAGGACAGAAAUGAAGCAGCUCAGUUGGUAGUGUUUGUCAACUGAUCCAAAGGUUUUGCAGUUCAAAUCCCACUCUUGACAUAAACAUCACUGGUUGAACGGUCAGAUCCACUGACCCACAGGUUGGCGGUGUGAUUCCAGCUCCCACAGAUGACUGCUGCCGUUGUGUCCUUGGGCAAGACACUUAACCCACUUCUCCCCCAGUGUCUGUGUACUCUGGUGUAUGAAUGUGUGUGUGAAUGGGUGAGUGGUUCCUUCAUGUAAAGCGCUUUGAGUCACUUGAAGGUGAAAAAGCACUGUAUAACAGUUUACCAUCACCAUGGAGAUGAGCAGGCGGCAGACCCCACAUCAGAAAAGUUCCGUAGUGCAUUUUUAAUAUAAUUUCUUCUACCUAAAUACCCACGUCAUGUAACUGUUUUGUGCAUAAACCAAACUUAGAUGUGAACACAGAUUCUCCCUGUGUAGUGCCUGGCGUUUUACCAUUUUGUUCCAAACAUAUUAAAAUGUCAUAGCAUUAAGUGUAUGUAUCGAACCCUAAAGACUGCAUGGACGUAUUCAAAAUGGCUGACGACGACCACUGUUGUGCUUCAAUCUAUCGUUGUUCCUGCUUUUUCUAAAUGUCUUUUUAAAAUAUGAUAAACUUAUUGACGCAAAAACGAUGUAAGAAUUCACUUUUCAAUGUAACACUUGAAAUGUUUAGCUUUAGAUGAUCUCGAUAAUCACGACCACAGCGGCGGCUCUCGGCUCUUAAGAAAAGUCAUAGGGUUUAGUUUGACAAAUUUCUUUAUAGGAUAAUGCCAGUAAUGCUCAAGAUACAUUCACACUCAGGACCUGGACUAGACUAGGGCUAAAACAGGAGUGAAAAAACAGUCCUGUUUUGGACCGGGACUGGACCUAGACUAAAGGAGGACUAAAGGAGGACUAAAGGAGGACUAAAGGAGGACUAAAGGAGGACUAAAGGAGGACUAAAGGAGGACUAAAGGAGGACUAAAGGAGGACUAAAGGAGGACUAAAGGAGGACUAAAGGAGGACUAAAAGAGGACUAAAAGAGGACUAAAAGAGGACUAAAAGAGGACUAAAAGAGGACUAAAA